AUGACAUUACAUCACGAGCUACUGCCGGAUUUCGUGAAAGCUAUUCAAAUUCAUCCAGAAGUCUACGAGAACUACAACGCGAAAGAAGCUGAGAAGGCUUGGGAAGUUAUAGCGGAUCUAUUUGAGAUGACAGUAUCUGACGCUAAGAAGCAAUGGCUCGAGUUGGUCCGAAUACACCGACAUAUGUAUUUAGAUUUACCUGAUGAAGCUUUCAAGGUGAUCGCUCCUAGAGAAGAUCCUCGAUGGUACGCUGCCACUCGGCAAACUGCCAUUACACUAGCUCAUUUUCUGCAGAACGAUUUGAAAUUUUUAUUCAAAAAUAACGUAGUCAUAUAA